AUUUGAAUCUGUGGUCAAUUAGUGCUGUUUAGCAAUAUUCAAUUGUUAACACAAUAAGUGGAUCAGCAAUCAAGCGCCGCGAACACUGCGCAGCCAAAAGUAAAAAGAUCCUCACCAUGGAGUCCACAGCAGCCGGCAAUCUGCUGGAGAUCAUGGAUCUAGCUCGCACUCUGCGCCAGGAGCAGCUGUUCAUAAAGCAAGAACAGGCGGCCUUCGCACGGCUCACCGAUGCCCUGGAGACAAAUGCGGCGACAAUAACAAAGCUGGCAUACAUAUGCGCACAACAAAGACAGAAUCUGCAUGAUCUGCUGCUGGACAGAACGGAUCACGAUCCCCUUGUUUGUUGUCGACGUGCGACCGCCUUCGAAAAUGCCCCAUUCUUGGAUGCCAAACAGGUGUUGCCCUACCAGUAUGCCCUGGCCUAUGAGGAUCUGUUCAACUAUCUGUACAACACACCAUAUUUGCUGGCCCUGUCGCUGGCCACAGCGGAUCGGCUGUCGCUGCUCGCGCCGUCGCAUCUGGGACAGAUUGUGAACACAAUUGUGACGGGACUCUAUGGCAAUGCGAUCAAUACAAAGGAUGUGGAGCUGCUGCUCAAGCUGCUGCGAGAACUUAUCGAGCUGCAGCUGCUGAACAGCGAUCAGCCUCGUCGUUUGCUCCGAGCAAAUGGCAGCGCCUUUGCCCGCCUCUAUCAACGGCUGGUCGAGUCCCUCUUCUCGGCGCGCAUCUUUUUAACGGCCGUGCUGUAUGAGCCGCUGAUGGCAGUACUCAGCGAGCACGAGGCAUUCCUCGAUGUGGAUCCGCACAAGUUGCUGCAGAGCUUCACUGCUCGGGAGCGCCAGCGUCGCUUCGGUGAGGAUGAGACCAGUGCCGCCUAUCAGCGCAAUGUGGCCCGCUUCCAUGCGGAGACUCUCGGCAAUUUGCAUACCCAUGCGCAGGCAUUUGUGCGGAGCCUGCAACAGAGCUGGGCAUUGUUUCCCAGCUCGCUGCGCUGGCUGCUGCAGACGCUCGGGCAGCAGUUGCGGCAGACGCAGCGGCACAGCGAUCACGAUAUACGCCAGCUGCUCUCCGAUCUCGUCUUCACCCACUUCAUUUGCCCGGCGAUCGUCAGUGCCGAUCUGCUGGGCAUCGUCGAUGCGAACGUCAACGAACAGAUGCGUCACAAUCUCAAUCAGAUUGUUCAGCAGCUGCAGCGUCAGGCACUCAGCGAUAGCGACAGUGAACUGACACAGCUAAUGGAGCUGCUGCUGUUGGGCCAAACGGGCGAGGACAUCGUUGCCAUUCUGCCGCAGCAGAGCGACUUUGAGCGCGCCCAGCUGGCGAUCAAUGAGCGUGAAUUGCAACAGUUUGCCGACUUCUUUCGCCUGCUUGCCGCUCGCGCCGAAUACGAUGUGUCCGCCGAGCAGCGACAGCGACUCCGACGCAUUCUCGCACGCAUACCCAAACAGGAAGCGAUCCCGCCAGUGGCGGCAUCGUCGUUGCCAGCUGCUAGCGAUGCAGCCGCCAGUCCCGAGAAGAAUGGGAAACGCUCCAACAAGGGCCUCAUGCGGCUGGGCAAGGCCACCAAAAAGAAGCUCGCCAAGGGCAUCAACUUCACAACCAACACGGCCACCACUACCACUACCAGCAGCAGCAGCAACAACAACAGCAACAAUAGUAAUAACAAUAACAAUAGCUACAUCAACAGCAAUCACACCAGCAGCAGCAGCAGCAGUAAUCUUGCUCCAGAUGUGGGCAACGGAAGCAUGGCAAAUGGUGGACAGACUGCUUUGGCCAAUGGCGAUGUGGAGCCGUGCUGCUCCUCGCACAGCGGCAGCAACACCAGCCUCAGCUCCUGCGGUGGUGUCGCCACCAUCAGCAAUGGAGCAGCUGUGGCAACAACUUUACUCGAGCCAGAAGCAUCCGAUGGGGAUGGGCCGGUUCUGAUGUUCAGCAUUUAUAAUGCGGCUGGCAAAAGCAAGUUGAAGCCGCUGACCGAGGAGGAUCUGUUGAAGAUGAACUGUAUUGGCCAGGAGAUUGUGCCAGUGGCUGUUGCCGCUGCAGCCGCAUCCUCGAAUGCGGACGAUGUGAGCAGCUUGGAUGCGAUGCGUCGACCGCUGAACGAUGAUGCUUCAAUUGGCAAUUCGGACAAUUUGGAGGCAAUCAGCGAGGCGGCUCACUCGGCAAAUCAUUCGGUGGCCAGUUCCCUGGAUCUGGAGGAGCAGCAGGAGCGUGAUGUGCACGAUGCUGAAAACGAUGACAAUCUCUCGGACAUGGUAUCCGCCAAUGUCUCGGGCCGUGGCACACCCAAUAUUAGUGGGCGAGACACGCCCUCAUCCCAGGUAACGGAUGGCGAUGGCGCCGGCGGUGAGUUGGCCCAUCAUGUGGCCCGGCCCACACCCCAAAUGCAGAAGAUGCUUCUAUCCAAGGCGCGCUCGGACAUCGAGGACAAGUUCUGCAAGUUCGAGCUGAAGAAAUUUGAGGGCGAUGAGAAUGUGAGCAUCAUUUCGGACACCUGGUCGACGGAUGUGCUGGCCAGCGAUUCGGAGAACACGCUGGACGCCAGCAGCGAGCAGCAGCGCGAGCGGGACAGAGACAGGGAGCGGGAGCGCAAUUUCUCCACACCACUAAUACCGUCGGCUGUGGUGCUGCCAGGCGAUAAUAAUAAUUUUGUGGUGGAGGCACUUGCACGUGCCGCUGGCGCUCCUGUGCUGGAUGCCUCCGAUCAGCGUUCCGAGUCCAAUUGGAGCACCGAUGUGCUCGCCAGCGAUUCGGAGAAGCUCGCGGAGAUCGAUACCGAUGACAAUGCGAGCAUCACAGCCAAAUCCGAUAUUGCGGUGCCCCUGGCACUUGCCGCCGUUCUCGACGAUGGCGAACAAACGCCAGGCAGCAGCGGCGAUGCGGACGGGGAUGGGGAUGGGGAUGCCGGUGGCAAUGGGGGGAAUGCCAGUGCCAGUGAGCGCAGCCAGGAGGAUUCCGCCUUCUUCGAUGCGGUCAACUCGUACGAGGAUGCGCACCAUUAUCAGGCGGCAUCCUCGCUGGCUCGCAGCUCGGUGCGCACCAGCUACCAUGGCCUGGGCGGCGAUAGCGGCGACAGCAGCUUCCAGCAGCAGUACAAAUGCAGCGCAGCCGAGGGCAGAAAGAGCACACCCCUCAUGGGCACCGCCUGCAUGCGUCGGCAGACGUCCGCCGAGAGCAGCAUCUCCAAUCAGAGCCUCAAUCUGGAGGAGCCGAUGCAACAACAGCAGCUGCAUCAUCACCAUCAUCACCACCACCAUCAUCAUCAUCACCACAAGAAGAAGAAGCAGCAGCAGCUGCUGCUGCACCCGGCAACGGCGUCGAGUGGCCAUCAGGAUCUGAUUGAUUUCAGUGACUAUAGCGAGGACAAGGAGGAUCCGCCGGGUCUGGUGCAGCAGCUACUGGACAAGUUUGGUGACGAGCAACAUUUGCGCGGCGGCGUCCAGCAUCGCCGCAUCUCCAUGGAGCAGCGCACGGCCAGCGUGGAUGGGAGACGCAAUGGCAUACUCGCCGGCACCGGCAACGGCACCGGCAGCACCAGUGAGCGGCGUCACCAGAGUCUCAACUAUGAGAACCACGAGAUCAUGCUGCAGGCCAUUCGGCCCAAUGCCACCGAGCCCAAAACGGACGACGAUAAGCAGCAGGAGCUGCAACUGCUCUGCGCCCGGGCUCAACAGCUACAGCUGCACGAUGAUCCGCCAGCUGGCGAUGCAGAUGCAGAUGGAGCUGGAGCUGCUGCCGGCGCCGGCGCCUCGACCCCCGCUAGUAGUAGUACUGCAGCGGCCAAACCGAGCAAGGCAACCGGAGCGAUACCAAAGAGCAUCAGCUUCGAUGCCAGCGCUGAUAAGGAGAAGCAUCGCAGCCAGCGGGAGCAGCGAGAUCAAAGCGCCGGCAUUCUAAACAAACUGAAGCAGGGCAUCUUCAAGAAUCGGCGCGGCAACAACAGCAGCAAGUCCACCUCGUCAGCGCAAAGCCAGCGUUUGCCGCCCAGUGCCAACAGCAGCAAUAGCAACAACAGCAACAACAGCAACAGCAGCAACAACAACGACAAUAACAAUAUCGGCGGCGUCAACGAUCCGAAUCGUUGCGUCAGCUUCGAUGCCAGUGCCGCGUGCGUCAGCUUUGGCGCCCACUGCUGUGAUAGCAGCGAGGACAUUCUGGCCAAAUACAGGCGCAAGGUUAGCAGCUCCAGCGAGGCAACCAAUUCGGAUUCCACCGGCAACGGCCAUGGCGGACGCGGUAGACCCUCGGCCCAUGGCCAAGUUAUCAAUGGCGGAGAAUUGCCUGGCGUGGUGUUCAGCAGCGUUAAGCAGAAGCUACGCAUGGUUUUAUCCAAGACUGAUCUGCACAGCGGCGACUUUCGGCAGACAACGCUGCGACCGUUGGACGCGACCCCGCUGCAGACGUACCUGCAGAUUCAGCUGGCGCAGUGCACCAGCCUGCAGCGAUUGCCGCAGAUAUCGCAUGUUUCGGAGGCGUUGCGCUGCCUGGCGCAACUGGAGCGGCCGCAGCAUGCGCAGCUGUUGCUCGAACUCCAAAAUGAUCGGCAGCGUCGCCAGAGUUACCUGCAGUACCUGCUCGUCCAUCGACAGCAGCUGCUGCUGCGGUCCGAGCAGCUGGAGCAGCUUGAGGAGCGACUGCGUGGCGAGGCGCGCAGCUGCCAGCGUUGCCUGCUGCAGUCGCUGGUCCGUCAGUAUUUGGGACGGCAGCAGUCGAAGCUGCAAUCCUUCCGCGCCGAGUUCGCAAUGCUCAGCGGUAGCGAUGAGCGACUGGAGGUGAUCGAAGAGUUUAUCGAGAGUCUGCUGCAAGAGUUGCGUGUGGGCGGCAUGCAGGACGGCUGGCAGCGGGAGUCGGCGCGCGUGGCCAUUGAACGACUGCUGUUCGAGCUGAUGUACGAGCAAGUGAUGUUCCCCAACGAGGAUGCUGAUUUAUCCAGGGAUUCUGUGCUCGCCGCGCAUAUUCUCAAACUGCAGCGUUUUGUGCAUCCGGCGCAUCCAGCGCUCUGCAUCGCCCAGGAGUAUCUGGGCGAGGCGCCUUGGACGUUCGCCCAGCAGCAGCUCAACUACAUGGCCGCCUACAAAACACCGCGCGAGAAGCUGCACUGCAUCAUUAACUGCAUCUCCAGCAUCCUGAGUCUGCUGCGCAUGUCCAGCUGCCGUUCGCCUUCCGCCGACGAUAUCCUGCCAGUGCUCAUCUAUGUGGUCAUUAUGGCGAAUCCGCCGUUUCUGCUCUCCACCGUGGAGUACAUCAGCUGCUUUCUGAGCAAGGCGCUGGAUGGUGAGGAUGAGUUCUACUGGACGCUAUUCGGAUCCGUUGUCAAGUUCAUCAAGACCAUGGACUACAUAGACUAGUGCACAGUGGAGGCUCUAGAAGCCUUCAAUCGGAAAUAUUGGCUCGCAUUCGAGUCGUAGCUUAUGUAUAUGUUUAUAUGUUUUCGACUUGGUGUCCAGUCGACGUUUGAUAUUUCUGUAUUCGUUAAAUGUGAACGUUAUUCUACUUCUAUGCAUAAAUACUUAUAUUUAGAUCAUACAUACAUAUAUAUAUAUAUUAAUAUACGAUAUUUACACAUGUAUAAAAUCGAAAUCGAAAACGGCGACACGAAGCUAAAUUUGCUAGCAGCUAAAUGCAGCUGCCCAACGAUCUUAACUAUUUUUCGAUGAGCCCAUUUUUUUUUGUUGUAUACUCGUACAUACUUAGUAGGUACAUGCUGUAAACAUAGUACAUACAUAAAUACAUACAUACAUACACACUUACAUACAUAUAAACAUAUAUUUAGCUAUAUACAUAUACAUUUAUAGAAGCAUGCACGACACAUGAAAAUCAACUUAAUAUUCCUUAUUGUGUAACACAAAAUUAAAAAACAAAUUCCAAAAAAAAA